AUGUCAGACGAAUACACAUACUGCUUCAAGUAUAUCAUAAUUGGAGAUACAGGGGUCGGAAAAUCAUGACUCCUCCUCAGAUUCACUGAUAAGAGAUUUAAGAUGUCUCAUGAGAUCACCAUCGGAGUUGAGUUUGGUAAACGCAUGAUUGAGAUUAAUAAGGACAUAAUCAAGUUACAAAUAUGGGAUACUGCAGGACAAGAGUCAUUUAAGAGCAUUACACAAACCUAUUACAGAGGAUCUGCUGGUGCUUUACUAGUCUAUGAUAUUACCAGGAGAGAUACUUUCAAUCACAUCUCUGACUGGCUCAAUGAUGUCAGAAGAAUAGGAAAUUCAGAAUUAGUAAUAAUACUAAUCGGUAACAAAUGCGAUAUGGAGACAAAAAGGCAGGUGUCUUUUGAAGAAGGAAAGCAAUUUGCAGAGGAAAAUAACUUAAUUUUCAUGGAGACUUCUGCAAAAUCUUGCACAAAUGUUGAAGAAGCCUUUAUCACCUCAGCGAAUCAAAUUUACGAGAACAUCUCGAAUGAUGUGUAUGACCUUAAAACAGAAAAGUCUGGGAUUAGAGUUGGCUCCAAAGCGGAUAUUUCAAAACAAAUCGUAAAGCCCACUGGCGGAACAAGACUACGUCCAAGUGACUCAAAGAAGCCUGAAGAGAAGAGUCUGUGUUGUUAAAUUCUACUUUUUGCUAAUUAUUUAGCAAUGGUAUUC